ACAGUAACACUGACAGUAGUGUGUAUUCUUGUGUUGUCCAGCCCCCCCUCGACCGUUUAGGGGAUGGGCCUUCCAGCCUUCUCAGUCCUCCCAUUGGCUUCAUCUGCAGUUACUUCUCCUUUCAUGACUUCACGGGUUGGCGACGACAAAGUUUUUUUCCAGUACAAGAAACGUGGCCUCAAGUUAUUAAAACUUGCAUUUGUCGAGACUUUUCUUCCUUAGCACAUUAUAUUUGGUAGCCUGAAUGUUGGCAAAGCCUAGGGAAGAGAAAGAAUAACCUUGUGAGAGAAGGACAAAGUGACGGGCAGAGAAACCAACACCAAGACUUCUAGUCACUCCUCUCUUGGACCGUGCUGUCAGCAUGAUGGAGAAACCUCCACUGGACAGCAACGAGGACGAAGCUUGGCUGGGCGAAGGCCAGUCUGAAACUCAGCUUACCACUGUGUGCGGUCCAGAUAGAGUUGAGACAUGCGAUGCAGACCGUCCAGCAUGGGACUCUAAGAUCCAGUAUGUGUUGGCCCAAGUGGGAUUCAGUGUGGGCCUCGGGAAUGUGUGGAGGUUUCCAUACCUUUGCCACCAAAAUGGAGGAGGGGCCUUCAUGCUGCUGUAUGUUUUUCUUUUACUGAUUGUGGGAGUUCCACUUUUUUUUAUGGAGUUGGCAGCUGGCCAGAGCAUUCGCCAAGGCAGCAUUGGUGUAUGGAAGCACAUCUCCCCAAAGCUGGCAGGGAUUGGUUACUCCAGCUGCAUGGUCUGUUUUUAUGUGGCUCUUUACUACAAUGUUAUUAUUGCUUGGAGCUUGUUCUACAUGGGUAAUUCUUUCCAGUAUCCUCUGCCAUGGGAGCGAUGUCCAAUUGAUGUAACCACCAAUGACACAGUGAAAGAAUGUGCAGGUUCUUCCCCAACGUCAUAUUUCUGGUUUCGGAAAGCCCUUGACAUCACAAAUUCCAUCGAUGAAACAGGAGAGUUCAACCCCAUCAUGACGGGCUGUUUAUUAGCUGCUUGGGCAAUUGUGUCCUUGGCUAUGAUCAAGGGCAUCAAGUCAUCUGCAAAGGUGAUGUACUUUUCCUCAGUCUUCCCGUAUGUGGUGCUCUUUAUUUUCCUCAUCAGAGGGCUGAUGUUGGACGGCGCAAUUGACGGAAUCACAUAUAUGUUUUAUCCUAAACUGGAAAUCUGGGGAAAUGUGCAGGUGUGGCGGCAAGCUGCUACACAAGUGUUUUUUGCCCUUGGAUUGGGCUAUGGCUCCGUCAUCGCAUAUUCCUCCUACAAUCCUGUCCAUAACAACUGCCACAGGGAUGCACUGAUGGUCUCUGGCAUCAACUUCAUGACAUCUGUGCUGGCUUCGCUGGUGGUGUUCGUUGUGCUGGGUUUCCGGGCCAAGAACCUUGCUCUACGCUGCGUGGCUGAAAAUCUUGGUCUUCUAAGCCUCAUGUCAUCCCAUGGAUCUAACCAGCACUUGCUUGGCCCGGGUUUGCCCGGGAUCAACAUGACAGAUCCCGGCUCUGUGUCUAUAGCUGAAUACAGCGAGUGGUACAGUCACCACAGCUCCAUGGUGGGCCCUAACAUCACUGACUGCAGUCUGGAGCAGGAGAUGAAUAAGGGUAUUGAAGGGACAGGCCUGGCAUUCAUAGCAUUCACUGAGGUGAUGGCCCUUUUCCCUGCCAGCCCUUUCUGGUCCACAUUGUUUUUCCUAAUGCUGCUCAACCUGGGUCUCAGCACCAUGUUUGGGACCAUGCAGGGAAUCCUCACACCUCUCAUGGACAAUUUUAGCCUCUUGGGCCGCCACCGGACUCUGCUCACCGUGUCCAGCUGUGCUUUGGGAUUCUUAAUAGGACUGCUAUUCACUCAGCGCUCAGGAAACUAUUUUGUGACUAUGUUUGACGACUACUCUGCAACUCUACCAUUAGUCAUUGUAGUUAUCUUUGAAACCAUUAGCGUGGCGUGGGUUUAUGGAACAGAUCGCUUCCUAGAUGACAUUGAAGUCAUGCUCAAAUGGCGCCCCCCGGUGGUGUACAAAUAUCUUUGGAAGUAUGUUUGUUUGUUGGCGAUGGUUGGUCUUCUGGCUGCAAGUUUGUUGCGCAUGGUCUUCAAAAGGCCCACUUACACUGCCUGGAAUCAAACCACAGCCUCUGAGAUGACUCUUGAGUACCCUGGCUGGGCUCUUGCAAUGAUUAUAUUGCUGAUAGUCGUUGCCAGCUUGCCUGUGCCUCUUGGCUACAUCCAUUAUACAUUGAAAAAACCCAGGGUCCUGGACACUCGCUCUGAGGAGGCAGGCUGCCAGGAGAUGCACCGUGAGUUGUACACUAAAUGCAGCACCACUGAGCAGCUGGAUUCCAACUCCCUGCAUAGAGUCCCUUCUGAAGAAGCGGAGGCUCAUCCCAGGACGGCCUUCCUGCCAAUGGGCAACGAACACUACCAGCUCUUGCCCCAGCAAGAGGUGGAAGAUGAUGAUGAACAAGAUACUGUGAUGUGAACAUGUCUGUGGGAGGACAACAUGUUUAGAUUCUUAACCUCAGAAAUUGUAUGAGCUAGACCAUGCAAGAAAUAUUCCAAAGUGAACGGAGAGUGCUCAUACACAGAUUUUUUCUUACAGUUUUUUUAUUGCUAAAAGAUGUAGGGCACAACUGGAGUCAAAUGUGCAAAACUCUAACUACAGUCUGCACAGCAGUUCAUGUGGACCAAACUAUAAUUUGAUUUUCAUUGCUUGAACACAGUUUUCAAAACUCUACAAACUUAUCCCAUGGCUUUAACCACAACUUGCACAACACUGUGGAUUUACAGCACUUUGUUCACAUGCUAACACACUGCUGUCGAAACUAUCACCCACACAUUCAAAACAGAAUAGAUUUGAGUCUGGUGUCUAUCAAACACUGUUAAUGGCAAUUUUAGCUGAAAACCUAAGCAGGUGUCUUGUUUUAGACUAGUUAGUGAACAUAUAUGUUGUUCAUAUAUAGAAAGCUCAGAAAGCUUUUUUUGUAUAGAAACACCAAAUAUGAAUAACCAUCGUACACUGUACCAAUUGAGAGAAGCAAGUAAAAGAGCAAAGAUACCGAUAUGUCCAGGUCAGAUGUCUAAGGUUGUAUGCACAACUAUGAAAAAAAACAAACACUAUAUCUUUACAAUACUAAAACUGCGUUCUUACUGUUUUUCAGAAAGUAAUAGAGGUGAAAGCCUUAGAAAAUACCACAUUCAUUAGUAUUUAGAGAUGAUGCAGGCAUCCAGUGUGAUGAAGAAAACUUGUCACAUGAUGCUGGAGAGAGACCAGGAUCAGUCACAUUCUGUUACUGUUCACACCUUUAGUUUUUUUCCAGUAAUUCCAUAAAUUACUAGAGACAAAAUACUAUAUUGAAGCAAAUUGCUGAUUUUUAUUCCUUCUUCUUUACCUUACGUGAAAAUUGAUAUAAUAUUAUGAAAUCUAUAUCUUUUCUUUAAAGAAAAUAUUGAGUAGUGUGAAGUCACUUAAAUUGUUCAACCUGCAGAGAUGAGAAAGUUAGUGUUUUCUGUAUUGGUGUGUGACGCUAUUGUCUUUAUUUUGUGUGGUCAAGGCGUGAUCACUUUUAGUAGAUGGUUUAAGUGAGGGACAUUCAACACAUCUUGAUUAGAAGAGUGGUCAUUGUGUCCUUGUUGAAAUGUACAGAAUGGAUGCACUAAAUUACAUGAAGUGCCCACCCAAUCCAAGUACAUCUAUGUUUAUAUAUAUAUAUAUAUUUUUAUAUAUAGAUAUGUUUUGUGUCCCUGAUGAAAAUCUGAAUUGAGCUCAGCUGCACUGAACAUUGAGCCUGUUUUGAGACAUGGGUUAAGAAUUGUGUUGCUUGGAAUGUGUUUUGCAGGUGAUGUGGACUGUUUAGCUCAGGUGACUGUUGGUAGUGCAUACUGUAGUUAGAGUUUUGCACAUGUAGCCCCAGUUGUGGCCACUGUUUAGCAAUCG